GAAACGAGAAACAUUUUCUUUAAAAAAAAAAAAUAUAUUAAAAAAUGUAGAGUUUGGGGUUGGGUUGCGGGGGAGGGGCUGGAUCCUGCCAGCCCCACGUCUCUCACUGAGGGAAUAACGGGGCACGUGGGAAUGAUUGAGUGCUUUGUGUGAUGUAAAAUCAUAAUAAUAAUGAUCAUGGCUGUUUCUUUCGAAUGUAGGAAACAGUGCGGGACAAUUUCACCAUUCUUCAUAAAAAAAGCGGAUUUCUGUGUGCAGAUAUAAGGCGAAAUGUCCUCCUUUUGGAAAGGUAAACCAGCACUGCAGCAUGUUGUGCAAACAAGGACAGUUCAGGAUAUUCAUCUUGACUUAAGCCCCUAUUCCUACUUGACAGAUCCUUCCUGGUGACCCGGUAGAUGGCACUCUUCUCCUGGUACUGAAUCAACAGCUCGGCAUGCAGGUUAAAAGAGAUACCACUCAAAGCCAGUUCUUUUUUCUGAGCAGAACUGAUACAGAAUGCCCAUGAGUAACAUGCAAAAGCUUAAGACUUUCUUCAGAUUUUAAAAUCUUUCCAGAAUGGGGGAUCAAUCUCUUCUACAGCAGAUGCAUAGUGAUGUGCUGAUAGGCAGUCCAUUAGCAAAGGACAGCUAUGAUUAUGCCUCUCUUCUCAACCUUCAUAUUUCUCCAAAGCCUUCAUCUGCAAGAGGUAAUGAGUCACAUAAUAAAAUGUGUCUAGAAUCUACUAACGGUGGCAUUAGGAGCCAUCAGGACUCCACAGUUUCAGAUGCUGUUGCCUUCCUGACUGAUGAUAAAUCUGAUAGCUCUGCAAACACAAACUUUUCAGCAUUCAGUCCACGGGAAAUAAUGCUACUUCAGUUAACCUUGAUUGAAAUGAUGCUCACUAAAGUACAGUCGAAGGAAACUGAAUACUGCAUAAGACAGAAGUACUGUGAUAUAAUUAGAAUUCUUCUAAAGGAGACACAAGCUGACUCAAAAUUAAUCUGGCUGUUAGGUAGCUCUGAUAAACUGUUAUGUCACAUGGCUUCAAAGAGUAUGGCCUCCCUUGUGUAUUUCCAGCUAAAGGAAGAGAACUCAUUAAAUGUCACCUGGCUGGCAUUUUGUUUGAAGACUCUUUCAGAAUUCCCAAGGAGUGUUCAAGCAGCAGAAUGUCUAUGGACUCUUACAGCAAUUAUUAGAGAUGUUUUGAAAGAUGAAGAUAUGCGCAAAGCAGAUAUAAUGAAGAAGCUUUUCACUCCUCUUGAUGCCGUACUUGAAGGAUUUCAUGAUUCCAUUUUGUUUCAUCAUUUUGACAGCCACCGAGAUGCAUCAGCACACUCUAAAACCUCAAAUGACUUAAUUGCUUUCAUAGAUUUGCUUGAAGUUCUUGUGGCCUGCAGAUUCCAACUAGCAUUGCACUUCAGAUGCCAAAGAAUUUUAUUUUUGAAAACUACUUACAUCCUGGGCCUUGCUAGUUCAUCAGUUCAUUAUUUAAUCAAGAAGAAGUCCAUUAUGCUUGUUAAGAAAUGUAUCCUUUGUAAAGCUGGUGAAGAUUUCACAAAAGGAUUGUUACUAACACCAUCCCUACAGGAUCCUUAUUUAGAUAUGGAUAUGGUAACAUUGGCUGCUGCUUUACUGGAAGCUGUGGAUUUGGGGUGGAUGAAUCGAAUAACUGUUAGUGAAAAAGCCUGCUAUUUCGGAGGCAGUGAAACUCAGCCUAAAGGUGGUGUCUGCACUGGUCCUGACCAAGUAAUCAUCAGAGCCUUAAGCUUGAUUUUACUGAAAGCUUUAGAAACAAAGAUCCAGAACUCUGCUGAGGAAGCUGAAGUCAAAGCAAACCUGCGGCGUUUCAUGUCCAUAUUAUUAACCUUCUUGAAGAACCAUCUGAAGUCAUCUCCACAUUCUUACCCAACUGAACAUCCUUGUGAAUGGCUUUCCGUGGUCUUUGUAGAACAAGAUGACGACAUGCUGGAAGCUGCUAAAGCAUUAUUAACCAUUUAUUUAAAGUUGAAUAGAUUAUGGCAUGCUGCUGCUGGUGACUUGCGCCUCGAAGAAACCUGGGACGAUCUGACACAUGAAAGCGGUUGUAAUCCUCACUGCAUCUUUUUAUAUCUUCUGAAGAACAUUUCUUUUGAUUCCACAGUUCUUCUUGAUUUUUUGAUUUCAUCAGAAACUUGCUUCCUUGAGUACUUUGUAAGAUAUUUGAAACUUCUUAGAGAGGGCUGGCACCAUUUUGUCAACAUCUGUAAUUGCUUUGAUGCUGUAACUAAAGGAGGCGUGUGUGAUUCUUUUGCCACCUCUCCCCACCAGGGAGAAAGAUACUGUCAGACUGUUUUGAGAUGGCAAACUGCCUGCUAUGAUCCAGAACAACAGACUCCGGCAGCUGUGGUUUCUUCCCAUGAGUCUUUUGCACCCACAAGGCAGCAUUGUGAUGACCAAGUUGCAAAAUCUGACCUGUCUAACACAGUUUCCUUGGGCUGCCUUCAAAGCCUUGUUAAUUAUGACAGCUCGGAAGACUCUGAUUCGGAAUCCGUUGGAAAGGAGUCUUUGGCAAACGUGAAGCAAAUGCCUAUAAAUAAACAAGGCAGUACAAAGAUAAGGGAAGCUGUUUCCAGGGUCAUAGAUGACGAACCAAAUACAUUUGAAUCAAAAAUGUUGCCUCUGGGACAAAAAGGUUCUAAUACCUCAUCAUUCUUGGCAUGUAGGCUUACUUCGAAUAACCCACCCCCCAUAGAAGGAAUGCUUCACAAAGCAAUGAAAUGUUUGGAAGAACUACAAAAGGCAAUUUCUAGGCUACAGAGAAAAAACCUUUUCCCAUACAACCCAGCUGCACUUUUGAAACUGUUGCUUCACAUUGAGAGAAUCUGUAAGAGCAUGAACCCAUUGUAAGGCAACAGAGUGCCAAGGCUGACACUUUGAAGUGAUUUCUCACUAGUAAGCAAGGGACUGUUCCCACAAGAUAAACAUGCUCUGAUGCUCAGACUGCGAGGGACAUUCCUUUUGGACUUAUCUGCGUGUUUAAACUGAGCUGGCUAAAUUGGAUGCCAGCUGACACUUAAAGAUAAAUCUGCAGCUGCGUUUUAAGUAUCCGGUCUGCUGUCUCCAAGCCCCAAAUUUAUUUCCAGUAUAUGUGACAGUAUACAAUACGUAAGGAUGAGUUAUUAGGUAUUAACAAAUGACAGUAAAUCAGUGAUUCUCUUGAAGACCUAAUGUUAAAGUACCUCUACUUUAAAAUGUUAACUGUAAUUCUUUCUACUGUCAUUCUAAGAUCUGAAGACACUGCUAGAUUGCAGUCUAUAAAGCACUGCCAGUGCAGUGAUAAUUCUAGAUUCUAGUGCUUAGAAGUAGAGAUGUGUAAGCUGUUUGAACCAGAGAAGGUUUUAUGUUUGAACAGGGGCUACCCUGGUCCACAACUGGGGUUUCUGGGCAUCAUCUUUUGUACUGAUAGUACUGCACUCUUCCACAUCUGUGUUUUUAGUACUAAAUUGUAUUUGGAUCCCCCUUUUUGCCUUUUACCAUAGGCCUCAGCAGCUAAUGGUGCUAUGCUUUCCCGGGCCUGAAGUCAAACUACAAUUUCACUGUAAACUGUUUCCUAAAUGUGUGCAAGUCAUUUCAUUUUAUGGUAUACCCUUUUAAAAAAAUGCUGGAGUAGCAAAGGCUCCACUUAACUUCAUGUUGGCUUUAUCGUCGUAAAGCUAGAAUCAAACUUGGAUACUGCAAAAGUGAAGUUCUGGUAGAAAUUCUUACUUUGCUCCAUUACACACACUCUAUAAAAUUAAUAAAUUAUAACACAGUAAUGUAUUAAACUACAUGAUGCAGGGGGAAAAAAAAGAAUAUAUUACGUACUUGUGCUGUAAGCUUGUAAGAUUGAUGUUAGACCUUUUAAUUUAAUUAAGACCUUGGACACUGAGAAGUUAAGUCCCUAGUUCUAGAGAAGGAUCCAGAGCCCCAAGUCCAGCACUCCUACCUAAUAAUGCCCAAGGCGAAUUGGGUAGCUCAACACACCGAUGAGAAAACUGCCUGAAGUCUGUACACUGAGCAUGCAACUGUGGUGCAUUGAGCAUGGGGUGAGUCAUAAAUUCCCCUCCUAAAGCAAUUGGGGCAUCAGAAAGGAACCUCCAUGGACUUGUGGCCAUUAGCUCUGAAUUCUCACCUUUUAUGUAGGUAUCUGUGCCUUCCUUUUCAAGGAACUGAGCACUUUUUUUAUGUAACUCUUUUUAGUUCUAAACAGUGACUGAAUAAAAUAUUGAAACAAUCCAUAGAGCAGGGACUGGAAUCCAGGUCUUCUUCCUCCCAGGUGAAUGCCUACCCAAGCUCUAGGUCAGGGUCAGGGUCGUGCUCCAACUCCUGCUCUUUCUGCAGCCUAAUGAAUCUUUUUCCUGCACAGUGCCACAGCUUUAUCAGGAGGAAUGAUGCUAGUCUCGCCCACAGUGACCUGACAGAAUCAUGGUGGCAGGGUAGGGCAGGGCAGUUUCUUGAGUGGCUGGAGAUAUGGCUUUGAAUCCCUUCAGGCAAAGGAAGGAAUUAAACUGGGAUCUCUUUCUUCCUCCGUGACUGCUCUAAUUGCUAAGUUAUUAGACAUAGAGGGACGUUUCCAUGUUUUCCCUGUUCAUCUGUGUUAAAUUUGCUUGGAGAAUGUCUGUCUUCUCCCGAGAGGCUUGCUCUAGGUUUAGGCAGAGGACUGCUAGUCCCUGGACAUUAAUUGGGGUUAGGGCAGAGUUGUCCAAUAUCUCAGCAGCUGGAGGCUGCAAGCCAAGCCAUCUAUGCCUGGCUUGUGCAGGCCAUCGCCCCCUUCCCCCUUCUGUACCAUACAGUUGAGUGGCACCCCCACCAUCCCAGCUGAUGUGCCACGAGCUCCCCCAGCACUGCAGGCUGUGCCACACAGCCACCUGUAGAGACAUCAACCUUUCAGGUUUCCUGUUCCAGACUUGGGGAUCUAGUCUCCAUAUGCAUCUUAUUUUAGGCAGUCCGGUCCUUUUUUUGGAUCUUAGUUUUAACUCAGCUAAAAAUCAAAAGAGGAGUCAGUAACUUCAUUGUUGUAUUCGUACAGGUUUUACCAUCUAAUGGCUUAUGCUUAAUGCUAUUUUAAAUAUUGCAAAGGUGCUGUAUCUUUCACACCUUUACAAGGUAGACAGGGUGAGUGCAGGAAGAUGAAUUCCUUCUCUGGCAGGUGCCAUUUUUUACUUUCUUAUAACUAGUUUCAUAAUUCAGGGGGAAAGCUUUUUAAAUACAAGUUCAAACUCUCAGGCUGUUGUCGAAUGCAAGAAAAAUUGGAGACAUCCUGUCAUCUUGGGAUUCACACAUGGCAAUGUUUGCAUUUUAUUUUUACAUUUGUUAUUUAUACCUAAAAAAAAAUCUACAUUGUUUGGUAAUGAGGAAAACAAGUCAUGUUUUCUGUUGUGUUCUUUUCAGCCUUGCUAAAAUAAAAAUGGCUGCAGACA